CCCUCAGUCGACGUCAGUCAUUUCACGUUGUAACAUUUUUCAUCCGACUUGUUGUAUUCGACCCUCCCCUACUUUAGCAAAAUUUUGUUGUACUAUUUUAAAACUUUUUUCCUAUAUUUUUUCUUCUGUUAACUUAUUGGUAAACUAGUAUUCUAAUAAUGUGCUUCUAGUCAGCUUUAUUUUAAGUAUUAAAUUGUGUAAUUUUGUACUUUAUAUAGUUUCGUAUAAUAAUCUCAAAAUGAAAGGCAGUAACUUGGUGAAAUGUGCAAACCGUUGCCUCUCGGGUAGACGCCAGCCGCUGUGCAGGUCGUCAUCUUCAGCCGCGAAGACAGCGGAGACGGCGGCGCGCACGCGGCCGGCGGCGCGCGAGUCGGGCUCGUUCACGCUGAACGUGUUCCGCGGCCGCCUCGAGCCCGCGCAGGUGUUCCCGUACCCCGAGCCGCUCGCCGAGGACCAGCGGCAGAUGCUCAACGAGCUCGUGCCACCCGUGGAGAAGUUUUUCCAGGAGGUGAACGACCCGGCGAAGAACGACGCGACGGCGCAGAUCGAGGAGAACACGCUGGCGGGGCUGUGGGAGCUGGGCGCCUUCGGGCUGCAGGUGCCCACCGACCUCGGCGGCCUCGGCCUCUCCAACACGCAGUACGCGCGCCUCGUCGAGAUCGUGGGCGCCAACGACCUGGGCGUGGGCAUCACGCUGGGCGCGCACCAGUCCAUCGGCUUCAAAGGCAUCCUGCUGUUCGGCACGCCCGAGCAGAAGGCGGAGUACCUGCCGCGCGUCACUGGCGGGGAGUACGCCGCCUUCUGCCUCACGGAGCCGUCCUCGGGCUCCGACGCCGGCUCCAUCAAGACCCGUGCCGUGCUGUCUCCCGACGGACAGCACUUCAUCCUCAACGGCUCCAAGAUCUGGAUCAGCAACGGCGGCAUCGCAGAGAUCAUGACCGUGUUCGCGCAGACGCCCGUCGAGAAGGACGGCAAGACUGUGGAUAAGGUGACCGCGUUCAUCGUGGAGCGCAGCUUCGGCGGCGUGUCGUCGGGGCCGCCGGAGAACAAGAUGGGCAUCCGCUGCUCCAACACCACCGAGGUGUACUACGAGGACGUGAAGGUGCCCGUGCGCUGCGUGCUGGGCGGCGUCGGCAACGGGUUCAAGGUCAGCCAUCUCUACACUACACUACACUACACUACACUACACUACACACUACACAUCCGCUGCUCCAACACCACCGAGGUGUACUACGAGGACGUGAAGGUGCCCGUGCGCUGCGUGCUGGGCGGCGUCGGCAACGGGUUCAAGGUCAGCCAUCUCUACACUACACUACACUACACUACACUACACUACACUACACUACACUACACACUACACAUCCGCUGCUCCAACACCACCGAGGUGUACUACGAGGACGUGAAGGUGCCCGUGCGCUGCGUGCUGGGCGGCGUCGGCAACGGGUUCAAGGUGGCGAUGAACAUCCUGAACAACGGGCGCUUCGGCAUGGCGGCCGCGCUGGCGGGCACGCAGCGCGCCGCCAUCCGCCAGGCCGCCGAGCACGCCGCCACGCGCGUGCAGUUCGGCAAGAAGCUCAUCGAGUUCGGCACCAUACAGGAGAAGCUGGCGCGCAUGGCCACGCUGCAGUACGUGACGGAGUCGCUGGCCUACAUGGUGUCGGGCAACAUGGACACGGGCUGCCAGGACUACCACCUGGAGGCGGCCAUCAGCAAGGUGUUCGCGUCCGACUCCGCGUGGACGGUGACGGACGAGGCCAUCCAGAUCUUGGGCGGCAUGGGCUUCAUGAAGGCAACGGGGUUGGAGCGCGUGCUGCGCGACCUGCGAAUCUUCCGCAUCUUCGAAGGCACCAACGACAUCUUGCGGCUGUUCGUGGCGCUCACGGGCAUUCAGUUCGCCGGGUCGCAUCUACAGGAGCUGCAGCGCGCGUUCAAGAACCCGACGGCGCACCUGGGGCUGAUCUUCAGCGAGGCGACGCGGCGCGCCUCCGCCGCCGUGGGGCUGGAGCGCGCGCCCGACGUGGGGCCGCUCGUGGCGCCCGAGCUGCGGGCGCAUGCGCAGGAGCUCGGCAAGGCUGUGCAGGAGUUCGGGCGCGGCGUGGAGGGCGCGCUGGUGCGGUACGGGCGCGGCAUCGUGGACGAGCAGUUCGUGCUCAACCGGCUGGCGGCGGCCGCCAUCGACGCGUACACCACGGCGGCGGCGCUGUCGCGCGCGUCGCGGGCGGCGCGCCUGGGGCUGCCGGCCGCCGCGCACGAGCUGCGCCUGGCCGCCGCCUGGGCCGACGACGCGCUGGCGCGCAUCCCCGGCGCCGUGGCCGCCACCCGCGACGCGCGCGCGCACGCGCAGUACGCGCGCCUGGCGCAGCUGGGCCGCGACGUGGCCGCCAACGCGGGCCAGCCCACCAUCAACCCGCUCAACGUGUGACGCCGCGGGCGCUCUCUCGGGAUGAUAUGACGCGAUAGACACCGCCAUGGCGCAUACCGAUUAUUUGUGUUUUUUGAAAUGCACGAAAGAACUCAAAUUCAUAUAAAAUAAAAGCGUUCAAUGUUGCGACGUUACACUGAUUAGUACUUACCUGUCUAUACAUACACCGCGCCUUUAUCUCAAGGUUGGAACUGAGAUUCUAUAGUCUUAUAUUAUUCCGAAUUUUGUGGACGUAGCAUACUAUUUAUUUUUGAUAGGUGAAUAUAUCUCUUUAUUAUAUCAUAGUUGUUACUAAA